GAACGCUGCUGGUGUUGCCGCUGCCGCUGCUGCUGCUGCUGUUGCUGCUGCUGCCUCCGCUGCUGCUAUCGCCGCCGCUACGAAGAGCCUGCACAGUGCUGCUCGCUAGGAGGACCCCCACUCAGCCUCCCCCCUCCUCUUCUCCUCCUCUCCUCCUCCUCCUCUUCUGUAUCUCUCCCUCCCCUUCCUUUCACCUGACACUUGUCCGCGCGUCUCUCUCUCUCUCUCUCCCCCUUUUACUCUCCCAUUCGCCCUGAUCUGGAGGGGCCAUGGCAACCGGCGUCCGCUCCCUGUAAUGGAUGAAGGAGCCCUGGAGGAAACGGCUGAGGCACGAGAACACCUCUGGGGGCUGUAGGGGCUGCUUACAGUUACAGCCACACUGAUAUGGUCCCAGCGUUCUACCCACCACCACCACCACCACCACCGCUACCACCGCUGCUGGGUUUGUUGCUGUGGCCGGUCCUCUGAAGGCAAGGCGACAGGAGAGCAAGUGUGUGUGACCCUUGAGAGAGUGAGAACUUCCACAGGCCACACUGAACCCAGAGACCAGAAAAAACGUGAAUGAAUGCGCUACAGGCAGCAGAGCUUAACCUGAGCCUGCUCCCCAUCCUCCCUUCUCCUCUCAGGGGAUGGCCAAGGUCCAGGAUGGACACACACCAGAAUGUGACAGCCCUGCGAUGUUAGAGGAGAGCCGUGAUGGAGUGAACAACGCUAGCCUGACAGCCGGCUCAGCUCGACAGGUCUACGUUCAGCGUCACCACACACACGGUUUCGGCUUCAUCGCAGGCAGCGAACGACCCGUCGUUGUACGCUCCGUCUCAGCAGACGGCCCUUCAGACGGAAAACUCCUACCGGGGGAUCAGAUCUUGGCCAUCAACGGCGAGCCGGUUCACGACGCUGCCAGAGAAAGAGUCAUAGACCUUGUAAGACGGUGUAAAGACUCUAUAGUGCUCACGGUUAUCCAGCCUCAGCAGUCUCCUAAAUCUGCCUUCAUAAGUGCAGCCAAGAAAGCACGCCUGCGAACCAACCCCCCAAAAGUGCGCUUUUCUGAGCAAGUGUCAAUCAGCGACCCAGACUCAACAAUGCUCAAAGACGAUUCUUUACUCCUCAUACCAAAUGUGCUGAAGGUGUUCCUGGAGAAUGGACAAAUCAAGUCGUUUACAUUUGACAGCCGGACCACGGUUAGGGAUGUGAUAUCGUCCCUGCAGGACCGCCUGUCUCUGCGCUACAUCGAGCAUUUCGCGCUGGUUCUGGAGUCCGGAGGAUUGGACCAGAACCAGAGACUGCAUCUGCUACAGGAGCAUCAGCCUCUGUCUCACGUUGUGCACAGGACCUAUUUCCAGGGGAUGAGGUGUCUUUUCCGGAUCUGUUUCUUUCCGAAAGACCCUGCAGACUUGCUGAGGAGAGAUCCUGCUGCGUUUGAGUACCUCUAUAUACAGAGUCGCAAUGACGUCAUCAAAGAGCGCUUUGGCACGGACUGGAAGUCGGAGGUCACACUGAGACUGGCGGCCCUCCACAUUUUCAUCACCGUUUCCAUAGCGAGGCCCAAUCAGAAGAUCUCCCUCAAACAUGUUGAGAAAGAAUGGGGUCUUGAACCCUUCCUCCCCCUCACCCUCCUCCCCACAGUCAAGGAGAAGAACGUCUGCAAGACUCUUUCCCAGCUCCUGAAGACCUAUCAGCAUCCUCCCCCAGCUGGUAAUAAGGUUCCCCCGCUCCAGGGAAAGCUUCAGUACAUGCGCGUCCUGAACGACCUUCCACCUUUCGGAGGCCUGCUUUUCCACACGGUUGGCCUGGACGAGAAGCACUCGGCCACAACUCUGUUAGUGGGGCCGCGGCACGGGAUCAGCCACGUAAUUGACCUGAAGAACAACCUGACCACAGUCCUGGCAGAGUUCAGCCGGGUGGCAAAGGUCCAGUUGUUUCGGGAGCACCAGGGAGUGGCAAGAGUGGAGGUCACCAUUCUGGAAGCGAAGCCACUGGUGUUGCUGAUGGAGUGGCCUGAUGCCUCGAAUUUUGCCUGUCUGAUCUCCGGCUACUACAAGCUCUAUGUGGACCCCAAACGGACUGUCUACUACCGGACACCUGGUCAGUCUCAUAUGAUCAAGGCAGAUUACAGAAGUGCCCAUGCUCACUCAAGGCCCUCGGGUGCAACGGGUUCAAGCAGCGGUGGCGGUGGCGGAGGAGGAGGGAGUAGUCGGCGAGGCGAAGAGAGGGAAGGGCUGUCCCGAGAGCCGUCCCAGAAGGCGUCCUCCAGCUCAGCCUCGCAGCUCCCCCCGCCAUCAUCGCAACACCUGGGCCUCUGCCACAUCCACCUGCGGGAACAGCAGCAGCUUCGGGAGUUGCAGCAGCAGGCCGAGGAGCAGCUGGACAUCAACCAGAACCUCGUCUCACAGAGCCGCUGCCGCACCAAGUCCGACCCCACGCUCAAGAGCACCGAGGCCAUCAUCGCUCGCCCAGACAGUCCCGCGGAGAGAGAAGAGGAGGGGGGCGGUGGCGGAGGCGCGGGCUUCAGGAGCCGGGCGAAGACCUUGGAGCGCCCGCACCGUUCUGGACGUUUCUUCUGCGACUCCUGUAAGGCCAGGCUCAAGGCUGAGGGUCUGAUGGUGGAGGACAGUCGAAGCAGUGGGAGCUCCGGAAAGCAGUGCUCCAGUGCCUGUGCCUCACGAGACGCAGAUGUUGUGGACCUCAUGGCCCUGCCUCUGCCCGGCAGCGAUGACGACGAGGAGAUGGAAGAGGACGCUGUCGGAAAACUGCAGCCUCCGCCUCCUGCCAUUGCCGCUCCUCCCCCGGGGUUUCGGGAUAACAGCUCCGACGAGGACGACCCGAAUAAAAACCGUAAGGCUACUGCCAAAGCGGAGGGCACCACAAAAGCAACAGCUGCCACGGCAACCAUGACAACAACCACAUCAGCAGCAGUAGUGGCAGAGGCUUCAGCAGUAGCAGCAACAGCUGCUGUCACCGCGGGAACAGUGGGAGCGACUCCGCAGGAAGUCCCAGUGACUCUGAUUGAUAACGUGGCCACCAGGACAGUGCGGGACCAUGCCCAGGAGCUGGAUGAUGCGUUAGUCUCCACCCUGCAAGCCCUGGAGGCUCUGGCAGCCUCUGAGGACUAUCCCCACCACCACCACCACCACCAGCAAACCCCUCAAACCGCAGUGCUGGCAGCGAUCACCCCCGAGUCAUCACUCGACUCUGGGCAUGAGACCAACUCCUCUGAGCUGACGGAUGUGUCUGAAAUGGUGUCUGCCAUGAAACAGCAUCAGAACCAAGCUUACCUGCUGGCCCACCACAUCAACAAGGAGCGCAUCUUCAGCCGCAGAGACUUCCCGCUGGCCAUCCCUGGCUGCACUGCCCAGACUCUGGGUAGCGGGGCCUUUUCCAUGACACAGAUCCGUGGCGGCUGCCCACCGAAACAGGUGAUCCUGAGCAAAACUGUGCCCUUGAAGGUCAGCCCCAGUCAAGGACCAGGGUCUCCCUGUCCUCCAGGCGAGCAGAGCAAAACCCAAGAUCAUCCACAGACUGAGGCGGAUACAGGAAAGCCUGCAAAGCCAGAGCCUGUGAAGUCGAGCACGACUGAACCCCCCUCUCCUCUGCCCUCCCAGCAACAGAAAGUUGUUGAACAGGUGGAUGUGUCCACUGGCGGGAAAAUUCAGAAAGUAUCAGAGGGUAAACUGAGUCCUAACACUUCGGCGAGCAUCAAAGGGAAAAUUUCUGGACAGGUGAGUCCAGAGGUGACCAACAAAGCCUUACCCAUCCUUUUGCCUGUAGAUAGAAUCGCUUCUGCCAAGCUUAGUCCCACGGAAAUGUGCCAAGAUGCCGAGACUGCCUCUAGUGAGACCAUCAAGCCUUCAAGCUUUAAGGGCCUGCUGCCAGUUGACGACCUCUUCUGCACAUGCCCAGUGAGGCCUGAGCCGGGGCCCCAAUUGAGACUGAAGGACCCCCAGACCCAAAAGGUGAUGGUGUUCCACUCCUCCUCACCCACUGAUGAUGAAAGACUUCGUGCCAAGGGACUGCAACUGGCAAGCUGCAAAGAGACCACAGUGCGGACAUCAGAUCCUAGUUUAGCCAAGCCUAGUAUCCACCCGCCACCUAAAUAUUCUCCUCACAUUCCAGUGAAAACGGAACGCAAAGAGACACCUGACGACAAAUCUGAGAGCAAAGUCCUCCCAGAGCAACAGAAAAGUCUUGCCAAAUCCUCCUUACCUGUCCUCGUGGAAACAACACACAUAACUACCUGCGGGGAAAAGGGUGCAACCAUCCCCGGGGCUGAGCGCAAAAAGCAAAGCAGCAGUAGGAGCAAGUCCCAGCGCAGCGCACCGUUCCAGAGCUUCAGGAACCUGAUCUCGGCCACUUUCCCGGCGCGUCUGCGCCGCGAGACGGAUGAGCGGCGGGCGCAGCUGCAGAAGGUGCGGCAGUACGAGCUCGAGUUCCUGGAGGAGCUCCUCAAGCCCAAGACGUCGCAGGGCGAGUUUUUGCCCCAGGGGUCCUCGCCCGUCCCCGGAGGCACUCCGUGUGCCUGCCAGCUGCGCACGAGUCCCGUGCAGAAGGUCCCGGGCAUCUCUCGGGAACAGAGGCGCAGCUGCGACUGCAAGAGGAUAUGUCGUGGGAUGAGGCUACCCGACACGCCGGUGGGGUCCUCCAUGGAGCCUCGCGGUGGGAGAGAGAGGCCGAUUUCCAAAACACCCCCUGCCAUUCCCAAGGCUCCCCAUAGCCAAGGCGCACCGCGGAGACCUCAGACGCUAGAGAUCAAGACCACCAGAAUCCGCUCCACCAGCCUGGAGUCUCGAGAACUUCGAGACACGCCCAUUUCCUGUUUGCCCACCUGCACUUCCCGCCCCGAGUGUAUGGGGGCGCCGCAAUACAAGAAACUCCAGCGAAGGUACAGCAUUGGCGAGCUGGACAACAACAGUGACAGCACACCUCUCUAUGCUGAGGUGAAAUCCACCAAGGCCAAAAGCUUGGAGAAAGAGAUGGAAAGAGUCAGGGCAACAGGACUCAGACUACCGACCCCGGUAGAGCCCAUUCACACUCAAGGUAGUGAGACGAAAAAGAAAGGCGUCUUCUUUAUCCAGGGAGAGGAGAUUGUGCGUGAGACCCGGGAGGGGACCAGCGAGGUGCUGUUGGCAAUACCCAGUGAAGGCAGCAGUGACGACCGGGAGAAGUGCUGCUCAUUCUGCUUUUGCUACCGCAAGUGUGAGGCUGCCGACUCGAGCAGUGAGAAGGACGAGCUCUCAUACUCUGUCCCUCUGCAAGUCCUGCCCGGCAUGCAACUGGACUCCCGCACCAUGCCGGUGGUCAGCAAAACCUUACAGGUGCUCGACGCAGAGGACUGUAGCGGAGAGGAGGAGGAGGAGGAGGAGGAGGAGGAGGAGGAAGAGGAGCCCCAGACACAGGAGAUCGACCUGCGUGCCUGCAGCAGUCUGGAAGCCAGCUUGGCACGAGUGCAGUCCCUGCAGGACAAGACGUUCUGCCUGCCCGACGGCUUCCUCAUUGCGCAACUGGAUGCCAACGAGCUGCUGGCCAUUCUCCGGCAGUGCGCCAACAGCCCCCAGAUAGAGGGCGAGCCCCGCAUGCCCGCUGCCCGGCUGGCGGAGUACAAGCAAGAGCUGGCCGUGCGCUUCAAGGAGUUCCGCGCGUCGUGCCGGCGCGUGGCGAGCGUGGAGAAGAGCCCCACGCGCAUGCUCAGCGCCGUCACCGCCAGCUUCCAGGUGCUGUGCAACCUGACGCAGACGUUCAUCCGGCUGGUGCAUGGCAUACGCUCCGAGACCCAGCGGCUGCAGCUGCUGCGGAAAGUGGAGGAGGUGGCGGUCAACUACACGCUGCUCCUCCGGGCAGCCGAGGAGGCCAUGGGACACUCCAGCAGCCUCCCCAACAAGAGUGCCAGCCCGCAAGCGCCUGCUGCCACGAACGCAGGCUCCCUCCCACGCUCCAUCAAAACCUUGCCCACCAAGUGAAGCCCAUGAACAUGAACAUCCCCCACAUCCCCUCCACACAAAGGGAGUCCUUAAGGACAGGGAUCUGAGAACCCACAAAGUGGCUAUCGCCGCUGCUGGGGGAGCUCACCGGGUCAUAUCUCAGUUAUUGUUUACAUUUGUUUUUACAGGACAUAGUAGGAUAAAGUGUAGAUUCAUUCUCAUUAAACUGCUCCACACUAUGUUUACAGGGGGGUGUCCAGCACAGUUGCCUCCCCCCCCCACCCCACCCCACCUCCUCCAUGUUGUUUCCUACCGAGGGACACCUGUGUAUCCUGUCCUGUGUAUCCAGUUCGGGGAACAGUUCUGUCUCUAACUUUCUUAUUUUAUCUCCCUCACCACUGGAUGAUAAACAGGGCUAAUGAUUGCAUUUCAACACUUGCUUCAAGGGGCUAGCAAACAGAGGGUUUUGUACUUACUGUAUCUAAAUGUAUGUAAUUAAUUGAUUAAUUUAUUAUUAAUUAAUUUUAUUUAUUUUUGAAGGCAAGAGAAAAGAUUAUUUAUGGGAGGACAGGAGAUCAUUGUCAUUUUCAUGAUGAAAUUAUAGUAUUCAAGACUUUAUAAUGAAUUAAAAUGAAUUUACUCCUACGAUGUACCCUAAACAGAAUCACUGCAGAGACUGUCAGAUAGUGCAUUAUGUGGAUUAGGUAGUGCCAAAUAUGGAUUCUUUGGUGACGUGUUUGUACGAUUGUUACUUUUAAAAUCACUGCUUACUGUUGUGAUACCACAAAAGAGCACUCUGCUGCAAGAGCAGAAUCAUUCACAGCAAAGGGGGAGUGUCUGAGCAAAAAACAUCAUGUCUGAAGCUGAGUUUCCUGACACUCCAAGGCCAUAAAAUGUGCACACAUACACACACACACACACACACGCGCGCACACACACACACGCACGCACGCACACACACACACACACACACACACACGCACACACACACACGCACACACGCGCACGCACACACAUGCACACACACACACAGGUAAGGAAAGACUGCUCAGAGUGGGGCAAUGUAGCCGAAACCCAACUUUACCAGACACAGCAAAGAUCCAGUUACUUGGAUUAAAGAUGUGAAGCUCUCUUUUCACUAAAUCAUGGUAUUGUUUUCACUUUGUCAUAAAAAUGUUUAAAAGUAAUGAUAUAUCAAGUGAUUUUUGAGUCUCACAUAGUGUAGUAAAGAAGUUUUUUGUUUUGUUUUUUUGUUUUAACAAAAAAGUGAAUAGGAUGUGAGAGUAAGCUUUGUGAUUUCCAAAGCCUGCCCAAUUAAAAAAAAAAGGAAAAGAAAUAAUUCAGAUUCCAUUUGAUACCUUCUCACCUUGAUGUGUAAUGCAUUGUGAUAAUAAUUCCACAUUCAUUUAUAUCCUUAGACUGAUCAUAGGUCAAUACAAACAUAUUGAUUUACUCUAGAUUCCCAAAAUAUACAGUAUAUUACACACAUUAUAUAUAACAUUUACACAGAGUGUUACUACAUACAUAAUUGGAAGAUUCCAACCCCAAAAAGAAAGAAAAGUUAGAAGACACCUUGUUGACACCACAUUGAACAUUGAAGACACCACAUUGUUUACCCAUUUCUAUACUGUUUUACAUCUUGCAUUUCAGGUUGUAUCAAAAAACAUACAAAAGAGUAGUUUUCUAUGUAUUUUAAUAAACCCAGCACUUGUUUUCUGUCUGAAAACUUUCUUUGACUCCUGAUCAAACAUUUCUGAACCACGACCAGUUGCUCGCUGGCCUGAAUUGGGUUGCUAAUCACCUGUCCAUGUUGCUCCCUGAAAGAUCACCGAAACUCAUCCUUCCAUGUUUAUUUGUUCUCAUUGUAAUAUUGUCUUGCAUGUCCUCUUUCUGUUAUCCUCUAUUUUUGGAUGUGUACAAACCAGAGAAUAUGGUGCCCACUCGUCCUGGUAUGUGUAUUCUCUUUGAAGGCUGAAUACACACAGACACACACAUACACAGACACACACACACACACAAAAGGUGGGAGAGGGAUAAGUCUCUGCUUCAAUGUUCUAUUGCAUUGGAAUCUCUCCACUUUGAGUGUAUUCCAAUUAAACGUGUAAAUAGUUGUAACAUAACCCGGGACAUUUGUGAAGAUGUAAACAAAACUUUUAAAAUAUUCAAACCAAACAGUGUGAAGAUUUGUCCAAAUUCUUCACAGUUUUGUAAAUCAGAUAUCACGUCUGUAUCUUAUUUAUAGUAGUAAUUUAUCAUAGAGAUAAACAGUGAAAAAAAUAUAUUUUAACGAAUAUAUAACAAUAUCUAUGAAAGCAUGGGACAUGUUUAUUUUUAUAAUAUAUUUACAUUAUGUUUUUUCUCUUCAGUCCAGUUUUUCCUUUGUUUAUGACAUUAACAAUACUGUGGAUUUGUCUGUGUUCAUCAGUGUGGAUCUUUCACAAUCUAAUCCAUUGUUUCUGUAUUUACAUUGUUUAAACUUUCAUUUGAUUCAAUGUCUAUGACUUUGUCUCCACUGUAGUCCUGUGUGCAACGUCAUGUUUAAAAGCAAUAAAGUACUGAAGUUAUGCCA